GCCUCCUCUCUCCCCCUCGACCUCCGGGCCUUGACCAUGGAGGGUCCCCCCUGCCGCUUCUUCCUCGAGGGCCGCUGCCGCUUCGGGGCCCGCUGCCGGCAGCCCCAUCCCGGGGGGGACCCCAGAGGGAACCCCGGCCGCCCCCCGACCCCGGAGCCGAAGCCCAAGAAGCCCCCGAUGAGGACGGCGUUGGCCGUGGUCCACCGGAUCCUCUGGGACCCGCUCCUGGACCCGUCCGACUUCUCUGUGGGCUACCUGGACCGCUUCCUGGGUGUGGUGGAGGAGCCGUUUGGGGCCUUCUGCUGGGAGCGGGAGCUGGGGGCACUGGGCCCUGGGGUGCUGGCCAUACCCCAACACCGCAUCCGGUACUUCCGGCACCGAGGCACCAUCGUCUGGGACCGACAGGCCCGCGACGACCACGUCUUCGGCUCCGCCGGAGGAGGGGACACCAUCCGACAGCGCCUACGGGACCUGGACCGGGAGCGGGACCUGAGAGGGGAGCAGGAGCUGGAGCAGGAACAGGAGCUGGAGCAGAAACUGGAGCCGGAGCAGAAGCGGGAGCAGAAAGGGGAGCAGGAGCUGGAGCAGAAACUGCAGCUGGAGCCGAAGUGGGACCUAAGAGUGCAGCUGGAGCAGGAGCAGAAGCAGGAGUUGGAGCAGAAAGUGCAACAGAAACUGGAGCUGGAGCAGGAGCUGGAGCAGAAACUGGAGCUGGAGCAGAAGCGGGAGCAGAAACUGGAGCUGAAGCAGAAACAGAAGCUGGAGCAGGAGCUGGAGGCGAAGCAGGAGGGAGGGGAGGCCAGCAGGAAGCUUGGAGCCUUUGGGGCUGAUGAGAGGGGGGCCCCGCUGUUGGCCCUGCUGCCACAGGGGCCGGGGCCGGGACCGGGACAGGCCCAAGUGCCGGCGCCUGGGCCCCAACGGGAGGCGGCCGGAGGAAGGAGGCCGGAGCCCCAGCCAGACUGGGGGUCACCGAAGCUGGGACCAGGGAGCUGGUCUGGAGAAGAGGAGGAGGAGGAGGAGAAGGAGAGGAGGAGGAGAGCCGUCCAGCAGGCCCGGCCCGCCCGCUCCCCCCGUCCCACGCACUUUGUGGCCCUGCCCGUGACAGACCCCGGGCUGCGGGCCUCGGUGGCCGAGGUCCAGGGCCACCUCGUGGGGCAGGACCCGGACGUGGCGGCCUACCUGGUGCCUCCGGCGGGCCUCCACCUCACCCUCUGCCUCCUCCGCCUGUCCGGCCCCAGGGAGGUGGCGGAGGCCACAGCGGCCCUGAGGCAGCUGGCCAGGGACCCGGGCGUCCGGUGCCCCCAACGCCUCCGUUUAGGGGGCCUGGCCCGCUUUGGUUCCCAGGUCCUCUAUGCCACCCCGUCCCCGGACCUGGGGGACCUCGCCCGGGCCCUAGCGCACGGGCUCGAGUCGAGGGGUCUGCGGGUGGUCCAGGCCCCGGCUUCCCCGCAUCUCACACUGGCCAAGUUGCCCCGGGGGUCCGGUGCCAGCUUACCCGCCCUGGAGGCCAGGGCCCGGGAGCUGGGCCACCAGGAAGUGCGGCACCUCCAGCUAUGUCGAGUCGGGGGGCCGCGAGCGUUAGACGGGGACUAUGAGACUGUGGCCCAAGUGUCUCUGUGGUGAUGCGGUCCUGUCGACACCCCCUGCGGUCUCGGGGUGCUGCCCUCUGACAUUGGCACAAUCACGAAUACGGUGUUUGGCCCCCACGCAGGGUGGCUACAAC